AUGAUCGAGACUACCCUCUGGAUGGUUCCGUCUGCGAGCGCAGCACUGGCGAUACUGGCUAUAUUUACCUUGUUCCAGGCCUGCCAGAUGUUAUACUGGUCCAGGCUCCAUGUCCUCUCCAAGAUCCCCGGGCCCAGGUUUCCGGCCGCGAGUUCUCUUUGGAUCCGCUGGCAGAGAUGGCACGGCCGGCUGUCCUUCGCAGCGGACGGUCUUCUGUCGAAAUACGGGCCCAUCGUCCGGAUCGCGCCCAACAUUGUGCUCGUCAACGAUGUGCAAUCCGUGCAGAGCCUCUUCAUGCGACAGGACCUCGACACGGCGCCCAAGGCUAUCCGGGCGCUGCGCAUCGGCGGCCACGACUGGACGGUCACGUACCCACAGAACGCGGUUGCUCGCUCGCGCCGCCGCCCCGUCAUGAUGGCGACGACGACCAAGGCAAUGCGGUAUUGGCAGCCCAGGUUCGAGCAGAACAUCGCGGAGAUGAUCGUCGAUCUAGGUGCAUCUCAGGGGGGUGAUCCGGAAGACAUUGUCUAUCACUUACGUAUUGCGACGCUUCUGAACUCGCAGAUUGUCAUGGCCGGCUCUCAGGCGAAUCUGGAGCCGGGAGACUUCCCCCAUGUGGUUGGCGAGUAUAACUUCCUAGUUGUGUGGCGCCUCUGCCUCCCUGAAUGGCUCUUCGAAUGGUUAAAGCUGAGCCCCUUUCGGCAUGCGGCCUUUCGCGUUCGCUCCAGCGACGCCUUGUUGCAUCUCGGUAGAGAUCUCGUGGAGCAAGCGGAAAAGGGGGCGGGAAAUGGCGAUGCCAACGACGUGUCCGCGAUAUCCGUAUACGAUCAGCUCAUGGCGAACAUGAAGUACGAGGAUGAGAGCGAGAGCAAGAACGAGAGCGAGAACGAGAGCAAGAGCAAGAGCAAGAGCAAGAGCAAGAGCAAGAGCAAGAGCAAGAGCAAGAGCAAGACCAAGAGCAAGAGCAAGACCAAGACCAAGACCAAGACCAAGACCAAGAGCCAAAUUAGCGCCGAGAUGGCUGGUCAGAUCCUCGCGGCUACCGAGACCACGUCGUCGGCACUCGCUUUCAUCUUCUAUUAUCUCGCCCGAGAUCCGAAGCUGGUCGAGGCCAUGCACGCGGAGCUCCAGUCCGUCGAGGGCUUCAACGGCAUCGAGAACCUCAAGCUGCUCAACGCCUGCAUUACCGAAGGCCUGCGCUACCGCCCGCCAGUAGCCCUGACCGGGAGCCGCGUCGUGCCUCGAGGCGGCCUUCACAUUCUCGGUUACUUCGUCCCUGCAGGUACCGUCGUGACCACGCAGUCGCUCUCGCUCAGCCGGCAGCGACCCGACCUCUUCCCCAACUACGACGAGUUCGACCCGAUGCGCUGGCUCGACGACGACGACGACGACGACGACGACAAGUCUGUACAUACUGAGCGACGUCGCUGCCUUGCGCCCUUCGGGAUGGGCGCCCGUCGCUGCCCGGGUGGCAACAUGGCCACUUUCCAGAUGCGCAUGAUCCUGGCGGCGGUUAUCCGCGCUUUUCGCGUGUCAGUUGCGCCUGAGACGACGCCGCUCUCUAUGGCGCCGUUCGAAGCGAACGGCUUCCGGUCCCGUUGGGACGCGUGCCGCCUUGUCUUCACGCCGCGAGAUCUGCGGCCGCAGCCUGGGCCAAGGGGAUGUGAGUGCGGGACCAAGUCCACAUGCGAUUGUGUCGAGUGUCACUGCGUGCACUAUGAGGAGGAGGAGCAUUAAGUCAACUCGAAAACAGGGUCAGAAUAUCAAACAUUUGCUUGCAGACGAAGGAUAGGAUGGAUGACAGAGUGUAGGAUACAGAUGAUAUAUUAGGAACUAGGGACUUGAACUUGUGGAUACUCACCACGACAACACCGUAGCUGCAGCACCUAGAAAGAAUGACACCGAGUUCCAGGCCAGCUUGUCAGUUGCAUGACUUUGGCAAGUGGUUCAAUGACAAGUC